CACAAAUUCAUUUCAUCUUCCUCAAAUUCAUAUCUCCGUCGGUGUUCAAUUACAAUUUGAUUUCCUCACAAACUGCAGCUGCUGUGCUGUUUCCGAUUGAAGACUCUUCGUAUUGAUUUUUGAAUUGAGCGAGUUAUUCAGUAAGUCGCGGUGGUCGGCGAUGGCUUCGGGAUCGCCGGCGAUUAAUAAGAUUGAGAGGGCGCACCAGAUGUACAGAGAGGGCAAGUAUGCCGAAGCACUGGCGUAUUACACCGACGCGCUUUCCAUGGCCAAGACCACGCCGCAGAAGAUUGCGCUUCACAGCAACCGCGCCGCUUGUUAUCUCAAGCUCCACGACUUCAACAAGGCUGCAGAAGAAUGCACCUCGGUUCUGGAACUCGAUUACAAUCACACCGGAGCACUGAUGUUGCGUGCUCAAACUCUGGUCACCUUAAAGGAGUAUCAUUCGGCACUUUUUGAUGUCAACCGGCUGAUUGAUUUGAAUCCGUCAUCAGAAGUAUACAGAAACCUUCACACCCGUUUGAAGACACAACUGUCACUUGCUCCAAUACCUGAAGAUGAAGCAGAGUUUGAAGAAGAAGAUGAUGAUGAAUAUGUGGAUGAAGAUAAACAUGAACCUUAUGAAGCAGAAAUGGACGAUGACAAGAUUGAAGAUCUUGGAAGCAGUGUAAACGACGUGACUCGUGAUGCGAAAGAAAGCAACGGAAGUGAUUUUGAGGAUGUGAGUCUAACAGAGGAAAUAUUACCCUGCCAGAAUUUGACCAGACAACCACCAUCUGAUCAAUCCUCAUUGGGUUGGCAGACAAUCCCAAAACCAAAAGGUCAUUCACAGCUAGACUACUCAAGGUGGGACAGGGUACAAGAUGACUCAAGUGAAGAAGAUGACGAUGAUGAUGAGGAUGACGAAGACGAUGAUGAUUCUCAACCUCAGUAUCGAUUUCGUGUUAAAACAGUUGGCGUGAAGGCAGUUAAAUAGCUCUAAGGUGCAUCAACUUGGAGCUCUGUGGUUACUCGUUUCUAGAGAUUGAGUACGUUUGAAUUAGUAUGCUCGGCAGUGGAACAAAGCACGUGGUUCCUAAGGUCCGAGAGCAGCAUUCACCAUGCCAGAACAUGCUUGUUGUCUGUCAAGAAGAGACUGUAUAUUACACAAAUACACGGGCAGUUCAAAUUUUUAAUCCAACGCGUCCCUGCUCCUUGUACACAUCUUUAGCCGUGAGUUCGCGAGUGCUCCCGUGACUAUGCUGGACAUAUUCAGAGGAUUUGGGGAGCCUUCUUGUUGUACAAAGUUGGUGCUAUACUUUUUCUUUUUAUUUUUAUUUAUGAUUAUACUUGUGUGAAGAAGGAAUUGUACUUGUAGCAUGAUUGCUAGUGAAAAUGUGAAAUACUACUAUAUGAAAUGGAAAAUUGUGGUGAUACAA